AUGCCCAAGGAACGCCCUUCUCGUGCUACUCGCCAUCAACCGUCGGUGCAGCUUAGCAAGCGCAAAUAUGCAGUCCAAGAAAAUGCAGUUAAGCCAGUGACAGUUGGUACGGCCGCUGAUGUCCCGGGCGACGAGAUUCUCCAGUUGAUGGUUAGCCCCGACCCGGCGACAAGCCAGGUCCUCAGCAAGAAAGAUAAACAAAACUUGAGGCGUGAAGCAUUUCUCCAAAAGUUUGGGCAAGCAAACUCGCCAUAUUCUAAAUCCCACAAUCGACGCCUAAAGCGCAAAGCCAAGGAGCAAAUCGCGGGUGGCCUUUCACAAAUGCAGACCGCUAUCGCCGCCCUUGAAAAAGAUGACGACCCUACGAAGCAACCUACUGAAGUUGACCAGUCUGCAGGUGGCCCGAAAGCAAAACGCAAUACGAAACGAAGCAUGAUUGGUGAGGGCAAGGGAUCAACCCUCUCAAAAUCACAGCGAAAGCGCGCACUUGAGUUGGAGCGGCUCCGCCAUCCACUUAUCCUUCAAAACCCAGAAUUUUCAUCUUCGCCAUUUGAGACUAUCCGUAUUCAUGCACAAAAUACACUACUCCAACAUCAAGUGCCAGAACUUAACGUGGACGCCUAA